CUGAUUUUAAUCCUAACUCAUUAAGGAACCGAGAGCAAGUGCCUGUGCAAGCCCUCUGGGGAAAGAGAGAAAGUGACGGGAGAAGGACAGAGCACUAACAAUCCAUCAAAAGAGACAAGUGGAGUUAAUUCACAGCUUGAGAGACAGAAGAGGGGAGAAAUUCUUUGACUUUUGCUGCUAAGUCUCAUGCCUGUUUUGCCUCAUUGCCCUUUCCUUUGCUUUUCCUAAACCUCUCUGCUCGUAUUCGUAACGUGGGGCCUGUUCAAGCAUGCCCACCAACGGACUUAACCGGGCUCUCAAGCUGCAAUUUGGCCUCAUCAACUAUGAGAACCGCUACCUGACAGCUGAGGCCUUCGGCUUCAAGGUGAACGCCUCUGGUAUAAGCAUGAAGAAGAAACAGAUUUGGACCUUGGAGCAAGUUGGGCAAGAUGGCCAAGCAGUGUUCCUACGCAGCCACCUGGGACGUUAUCUGGCCUCUGACAAAGAUGGGAAGAUCAUAUGUGCAGAGAAGCCUGACCCUGAAUGCCGUUUCCUUAUUGUGCCCCAGUCCGACGGUCGCUGGGCGCUGCAAUCUGAGCCCUUCCUGCGUUACUUUGGAGGCUCAGCUGACUACCUGUCCUGCUUUGCCCAAGUCAUUGGGGAACAAGAGCUGUGGGCCGUCCAUUUGGCUUUACACCCACAGGCCAGCCUGCUCAGUGUGGCUCGUAAGCGUUAUGCCCAUCUGUCUGCUUCAGAUGGAGAGAUCUCAGUGGACAGCAACAUCCCAUGGGGAGUGGACUCCCUGGUCACCUUGGUAUACAUGGAUGGCAAGUACAGCCUGAAGACCUGCGACAGUCGUUUUCUCAGCAAUGAUGGAAAAUUGGUGAAGGAGAACAACAACAACACUAGCUUCACGCUGGAGUUGAAAUCUGGAAAGCUGGCUUUUAAAGACUGUGAUGGGAAAUAUCUGACCCCAGUGGGACCCACAGGAACGCUGCGUUCUGGCCGGUGCUCCAAGCUUGGAAAAGACGAGCUGUUUGAUCUCGAGGAGAGUCAUCCACAAGUAGUUUUUCAAGCGGCCAAUAAAAGAUUUGUCUCAGUCAAGCAAGGAGUGAGCAUUUCAGCCAAUCAGGAUGUGGAGACAGACAUGGAGACCUUCCAGAUGGAGAUAGAUAAGGAGACCAAAAAGUCUAUGUUCAGGACCAAUGGUGGCUCAUACUGGACUUUAGUGAGUCAUGGAGAGAUCCAGUCCACUGCCACAGAAGUAGAGGUCAACACAAUGUUUGACAUUGAGUGGCGAGGACAACGAGUAGCAUUCAGAGCAAGUAAUGGAAAGUACGUCUGCACAAAGAAGAAUGGGCAGCUCUCAGCGGUCAGCGAUACAGUGGGUGAUGACGAAUUGUUGCUGAUGAAGCUCAUCAACCGCCCAAUGUUGAUCCUUCAUGGCGAGAAUGGCUUUGUGUGUCACCACAAGAACUCCAACACUUUGGAUGCAAAUCGAUCAGUCUAUGACAUCUUCUCACUGAUCUUCAAUGAUGGCGCCUACAAUAUAAAAAGUGUGAACGGAAAGUUCUGGUACGUCUCGAGCAGUGGCCUGGUGUGCUCAGAUGGAGAGAAGCCAGAGGACUUUUUCCUGGAGUUCCUGGAACAUGGACGUGUCGCCAUCAAGGGCUCCAAUGGCAAGUACCUCCGUGGAGAUCAGGGAGGUACACUUAUGGGUGAUGGCCCAUCUGUUGAUGCAUCAUCUCUCUGGGAGUACUGAUCCCUUCAAUGAGGGUUGUUAGGAAGAUCCUAACACACAGAUGCAUGACCAGCUUUUGUCAGGUCUUAUGAAGCAGACUGACUGGAUAACAUUUUCAUGCCUGAUUUUAUACUAGGUAUCCUAUUCCAUGUUUUUUGUUUUGUUUUUCUUUUUUAAAAUUGGGAAGGAGAGAACAUUCUAGACAAAAAGCGUGUUUUUUUUCUUGUGAAUGUUAGAUAUUUUGUCUUUCAAAUGAAACAAAUGCCAACAUCAAACAACACAUACUGUGUGAAAAUGUAUAAAUUCAUAAAGGGAAUAGGGGAGUGGCUGUUACAAUUCUUUCAAACACACUUUGUUCAAUAUACACACAAUGGCAGCCGUGUUUUUGAAGACAGCCACAUUGGUCAGUCAUAAAACACAGAGAAAGAGAGGCUCAGUGCCUAACUUGGUUUGCUGCUGUUGUAACUGUCACACAUUUUUUAUUUAACCUAUUCAGAAAGUAUUUUCAUUAAAUGCAACAAAAGGAACCUUCAAUCCUUAUGUUGCUGCUACCUAUAUUCCACAUGCCAAACUGACAACAUAUCUUCAGAAGAGAGCAACAAAAACCAAAAAACAUUUGCUAAUCAAAAUGUUGGCACAGAGAAAGUCGCAUCAGUGCUGAGCAACAUUCACAUACCAACUAAAAAUAUUUUAAAAAAUAAAACCUGAAUGAUGAAAUCAAUGUGGCUGCAUUCUUAGGUUUACUUAAGAAAACAGGGAUACUCAUUUAUAGACAAAACAUAUUUAAUUUGCUUUAGGUCAGUAGACAGCUACAGUGAUAUAUAUUGUGCAGCCUCUGGUGACAUAAGUGAUUUCUUACUUUUAAAUGCUCUCUAAGAAAAGUGUGGUCUGAGUCACGCUAAGUAAAGGUAAUGCACCAUUGUCUUCAAAGGCUGCAAACGGCCGGAGCCACGGUGCUUUCAUUUAUCUUAAUGGAACAUUUGCAGCUACCAUCAAAGAGCAUAAUGAAACAAUUCAAAUGGACACGAAAAAAAUAGACCAUCUCACUCGCUUCUGCAAUGCUGAGAAUGUAAUUUGAAAGAAGACUUAAGGCAGCCUCACCGCAAACACUAAAAUCCAUUUUUUGUUAGCAUAGAUGUAACACAUACAGCGAUCACACAUGUUCAGGCACAAAGAAUACCAGAAGGAAUAUCGCCCAUCCAUAUCAGGGACAAGUAAGAAACCAGAGGGGGAGCACAUAUAAAGCAUUUGAUGGACUGCACAUCAUUUCCAAAUGUACCUGGUAUGAACUCAGAAAAUGUUUCUCUGGUGUUCUGCCUUGGGGCCUUAAUCCACACUUUACUCUCUGUCCCUUUAUACCUUGUUUUCAUGUUGGUGGGUAGUAAGACAAUAAAAUACAAUGGAUUUUAAUAACAGCUAUUUUUGAAAAGCACUACAAAUAUUGCUUGCUGGAAUACUUUUGUAUAAAAAAAUGUCAGGCCAAUACAACAGUGACAAUUUAUGGGAAUAUCAAUAAAGAAAAAUCAGUUUGAAUCAUAGCUUCAGUAUGAAAGAUGGGCAUAGCCACUCAUUGGUUUGUGGACUACAGUUUUAAAACCUCAAGUAUGGCGUUUUCUGCUGGUGUAAUGUCUGUUUUACUCUCAAUGGGAUAACAGUUCACAAAAUGAACAUUAUGCUGUUGUGAAGGAAACUUUAAUCUAGUGAUUGACACCAUGAGCUCAUUUGGAGAAUGUUUACUGAGUUAGUAAAUCAAGAGAGAUAAAGGUUUUAUUUUGUAGACCUGCAGGUUAUAUCCAUCUUCUAUAAACAAUCUUAUGUCUCAGUGCAAAUCUUGAAAUAAUAUUUGUUUUCCAUCUGUUUGCCCACAGUCAGAUUGGAAUAUUCCAACAUUUUUUUCUGUGACUGUGCCCAUGGGUUGUUUGUCAUACCCAGCCCCAUUCUGUCUGCAAAAAUGUUCUGUCAGGCAUCUUAUCGGAAAACACAUUAUUUGACCUUUGUCAGAGUCAGGCUAUCCAUCUACCCUCUGCUUUCAGACUAUGUGCACAGCUAGGCCAAGAACAUCCCACUGAAACCGAUAUCAAUCUUCUCAACUAACUGACAGGAAUCAGCUAUAUUUCACAAAAUGGUAGAGUAUUCAUCUACUGAAAACUGCUUUGGAAAAUGAGAUCAGUAGCUUGUAGUUGACCCCUACCCAACACACACUUUUUAAUGUGGAUAUUUUUUUA